AAAAGCAAAACAAAGAAAGGCAAGUAGAAGAGUAGUGAUAUUGCCUAAACCACUACCCCAUUCAAGCAUUUUUUAUAGACAAAGAAAAAAGUAGAUAAAGCUUAACAAUGAAGAAAAGCAGCAAACAAAAACACAUACCAAUUAACCCACUACUAAGUUUCUGGUCAGUAUUAAGUCUCUGUGUUAUCAGUAUCAUCUACAUAGCAUAGAAGUUGUUUGUGUAUAGCACUCAGAGAGACAAUCAAUCAUUCUGCAAAGAUGUAUAGAUUCAGUAACACAGUGAUAGGUUUCUUAAAUCUCUGCACACUGUUAGCUUCAAUACCAAUCAUAGGUGGUGGAUUAUGGAUGGCAAGAAGUAGUACAACAUGUGAAAGUUUCUUACAAACACCAUUACUAGUUGUUGGAUUCAUUGUUCUUAUAGUUUCUUUGUCAGGUUUCAUUGGUGCUUGUUUUAAUGUAGCUUGGGCACUUUGGGUUUAUCUGGUGGUUAUGUUGGUACUUAUUGGCACAUUACUUUCUUUGACCAUAUUUGGAUUUGUUGUUACCAGUGAAGGUGGUGGGAAUGUUGUAACUGGUAGGAUGUACAAAGAAUAUAGAUUACAAGAUUAUUCUUCAUGGUUAAGGACUAGAGUUCAAGAUCAUAAUAAUUGGAGAGCUAUUAGGACUUGUAUCUUGGGUUCUAAGACUUGUUCCAAGAUUUCUACUUGGACUCCUCUUGAUUAUAUGUCCAAGGAUAUGUCUCCUGUUCAGUCUGGCUGUUGCAAGCCUCCAACAUCAUGUGACUACGCAGCCGCAACAUUGGUACCGCAAGAUCCAGACUGCUAUAGGUGGAGCAAUUCACCAGCAUUCCUAUGUUAUGAAUGUGAUUCGUGCAAGGCUGGCGUACUUGAGGAUGUGAAGAAUAGUUGGCGCAAGCUCUCUGUACUCAACAUUGUUGUAAUUGUAUUUCUCAUCUGUAUUUAUUCAAUUGGGUGUUGUGCAUUCCGUAACAGCCGGAGAUGUGAAACGGAUUACCCUUAUGGAAGGAAUCGAAUGAGCAAGGCUCGGCCAAGAUGGGACUACUACUGGUGGAGAUGGUGGAAUGAAAGAAGAGACCAGCUUUAUUAGGUCCGUCUACCGUCUUUGGCGUCUCCGAUCUAAGUGUACAUGGAACCCUGUAAGUGGGAGUAUGUAGUGCCAGUAAAGGCACUGUCUGUUUAAUAGAAGACGGUUAUUAUGGAAGUACUUGUAGCUGUAAAUAAGUUUUCUGCUUGAGUAAUAAUGCUAGGAACAUAUAAUCCCAAAGAGGUGUCUCAUGAUGACAGAAGCCGACAAAGGGCGGAGCAGCCGCAAGAUACCAAGUGAUUGUAAUGUGCAAUUUAUUGGAUGACCGUACUCAUUGUGCACCUAGCAUUAAUCUCAUUUCUGUAGUACUCUUUUCUGAAGUUUAAUUCAGUGUCUGGGUCAAUGAUCUUCAGAAUAUGUACAUUACUUCUAUAUGUGCGAUGGCUUUAAGUUUGGUCA